AUGGGUGCCAACGCGUCAAAGCAAGAGGUCAAUGGCCAGUACGAGUGGAAGGCCUCAGGGCCUCCCAGCGUCUCUGUCGAAGUCCUCGAUUCACUAAAGUCCAGCCCAGAGGUAUGGAAUAUCAAUUUCCUAAUUCUCCCUCCUAAUCUACUUCCGAAUCGUCCACAAACCACCACAUACAAUGCAGAUCAUCCGCUAACCAACACAACAUCACAGACCGACGCCUCCCGCGCCAGACUGAUCGAGCAGCAUGUCCAGGCGCGCGUGGCCGAAGAGCUCAAGAAGCUCCAGAAAAAGGAAUCCGAGGCUCUCAAGGCUGCUCACGAGAAGAUUUCGUCUUCGGAACACAACGACGAGAACAAGCUCAGCAGCUUCUCGCUCGGAAAGGAGGUUGACGAGUUGCGGCGCAAGCUGGAAGAGAGGAAAAAGGUCCGCGAGCUACCAGAGAGCGUGGAGACCGCCCGCGGCGCAGUGAUUCGAUGCCUGAGGGAACAUGACCGCCGGCCGCUGGAUUGCUGGCAGGAGGUGGAGGACUUCAAGGCCGAGGUGAAGAAGUUGGAGAAGAGUUGGGUCGACAAGAUCACGUCAUAA